GUCAUCUACUCCAACAUCAAAGAAUGAACCUUUAUCUACAUCGAUGAUAUCCCUCAAGAAUACCAUCAAGAAAAUGGCAACACAACUAGUGUCACUGCCAGAAGUGGAGCGAUUGAGUCCGACUGUCAUUCGGAUCCUUGGUGGGAAUCCGGGAAAGUUUACAUUGCAAGGGACGAAUACAUAUCUCGUUGGAAAAGGAAGAAAUCGAUUGUUGAUUGAUACGGGCGACGGGAAGGAAAGUUGGAUUUCGAAUCUGAAAGAGACUCUGAAGGAAGAACAAGCUACGAUCACUUCUUGUAUUCUCACACAUUGGCAUCCUGAUCAUGUGGGAGGAGUCAGCCACUUAUUAGAAUACUCACCAAAAACCACCAUUUAUAAGAACAGUCCAGACAAAGGACAAACGGAUAUCAAGGAUGGCCAGAUAUUCGCAACAGAGGGUGCAACUCUCCGUGCAGUUCAUUCCCCAGGCCAUACACACGAUCACAUGGCACUGUUACUCGAAGAAGAGAAUGUCAUGUUCACUGGAGACAACGUGUUGGGGCAUGGAACUGCAGUGUUUGAGGACUUAGUGACUUACUUGAACAGUCUUCAAAGAAUGAAGGGACUCUUUAGUGGUAAAGCAUAUCCAGGACAUGGUGCAGUAUUAGAAGAUGGACCUAGUAGAAUUGGAGAGUACAUCCGGCACCGAAAAGAAAGAGAGUCCCAGGUUAUCCAAGUGCUGAAGUCCGCAAAGAACUCCGGAGUCACUGUUUCCAGUGAUGAGGAAGCGGAUGAGUGGACCUCGAUGGAGAUUGUGAAGAUAAUAUAUAAGAAUGUACCGGAAAACCUUCAUAUACCAGCGAAUGGUGGCAUUGUUCAGAUUCUGAAUAAGUUGCACUCGGAUGAGAGAGUGGUGAAAGAGCAAGAUAGAUGGAAGUUAAAGACACGAGCCGCUCUUUGAUAUGUAUUUGAUUCUUUUAUGAUGGAGAAUAGAUACCUUUUA